AUGUUUACUACAGUAGAAGCUGAAGCCACAGUGGGAGGUAUUGUCAAUGAUGGUACUUUAAACACAGCUCAAGUUCAAACCUUCAAGAAAGGCUUUUGUUCAGUCCGACAUGGGCUGGCCCUUAUUGUGCAUGUCUGUAAUUUUUCGAUUUCCACCCAACAAAUGAACAUGAGCAUUGCCUUGCCAGCUAUGGUGAACAACACAGCUCCACCCAGCCCACCCAGUAUCUCCACAGAGAGGCCACCCACUGACUUCCAGGACAACUGGAAUGAAACUCUGAAUGAAUUUAAGGCAGUGGCUGCUACGUAUGACUGGAGUCCUGAAAUCCAGGGAAUCAUCCUUAGCUCACUCAACUAUGGCUCAUUCUUGGCUCCAAUCCCCAGUGGCUAUCUGGCUGAAAUAUUUGGAACCAAGUACUUGGCUGGUGCUGGCAUGUUUACUACCUCAGUCCUGACCCUCUUCACUCCACUAGCAGCUGAUACUGGAGUGACUUUGCUCAUUGUCCUACAGAUCAUCCAAGGCAUUGUCCAGGUUAUGUUAUUAACAAGUCAGUAUUCAACCUGGGCCAGAUGGGCUCCACCAACGGAAAGGAGUCAACUCAUCACCAUUGCUGUAUCAGGGUCAGUGCUGGGCUCCUUCAUCAUCCUCCUGGUUGGUGGUCACCUCUGCCAGACCAUAGGAUGGCCUUAUGUCUUCUAUAUCUUUGGUGGCAUUGGCUGCAUCUGUUCUUUUCUCUGGUUUGCUCUCAUUUAUGAUGACCCCGUGAAUCAUCCGUUUAUCAGCACUAGCGAAAAGGAAUACAUCAUCUGUUCACUGGCUCAAGAGGAUUCUCCACCAGGCUGGUCUCUUCCCAUUAAGGCUAUGAUCAAAUCCCUACCGCUUUGGAGCAUUCUCGUCUUUUAUUUCAGUGACUACUGGCAUUAUUUUGUAAUCAGGUCAUACCUACCAACAUACAUCAGUUCUGUACUUCAAGCUAACAUCAGAGAUAGUGGGAUGCUGUCAGCCCUGCCGUUUGUUUCUGCCGGUAUCUGCAUUGUCCCUGGAGGUCUACUGGCAGAUUUUCUCCUCUCCAGAAAAAUCCUCAGACUCAAUACCAUCAGGAAAGUCUUCACUGCCAUAGGGGUUCUCCUCCCAUGUGCGUUCUUCGUGUCCCUUUUCUGGGUCAGAUCCAGCUUCAGUGCCACCAUGGCCUUCUUGAUACGGUCUUCUGCCACCAAAAGCCUCAGCCAAUCAGGAGCCCUUGUCAACUUCAUGGAUAUUGCUCCUCGGUACAGUGCCUUACUCAGGGGACUGUCACAAAUCUUUUCUUACAUAGCGGGAGCCAUCUCUCCCACAGUUGCCGGAUUUUUUGUCAGUCAGGACUCAAAGUUCAGUUGGAGGAAUGUCUUCUUGCUUUCAGCUGCUGUGAACAUAGCAGGCCUGUUUUUCUACCUCAUCUUCGGCCAAGCAGAGGUGCAGGACUGGGCUAAAGGUAGAUGUGCACCCUCUUCUGAGCAAACCGAGUGACGAAUUAGAUGCCGGUGCUUAGUUGUUCA